AUGUGUAAUCUGUUAUGUAUUCUCUCAGAUGACGCAAUCAAAGUGAUCAAGAUGGUAAGGAAUUACAAACCCAAGACUGACCGUGCAACAUAUGAUGGUGCUUUGGUGAUAAGGGCACUUGAAGAACUUGACAAGGGGAAGUCACUAAUCCGAUUCCGCCAGAAAGCAAGAGAAAACGAAAAUGAAACCAAGGAACUAAAUUUUCAGCCUAGGGAUUUAUACAGAACAAGACAGGUUUUCACAAGAGAAGAAGAAGCUCAUCUUGAGAGGUACAUCUUGAAAUGCUCCAAAUUGUUCCAUGGGCUGGGAUAUAUAGCUGUUAGAAGACUUGCCUACGAAUACGCUACAUGUCUUGGUAGAAAUGUGCCAGAGAGCUGGAACCGUGAAGAAAAAGCUGGUAGAGAAUGGAUGUCCGGGUUCACGAGUCGUCAUGAAAAUCUAAGUCUAAGGUCACCAGAGGCAACAAGCAUCGCCCGUGCCCAUGGUUUCAAUAAAAAAGCUGUAGGCGAAUUCUUUGCCCUUUUGAGUGAAGCAUUUGCAAAACACAAAUUUGCGGCCAAUAUGGUUUACAAUCUGGAUGAAUCCGGAAUCACCACGGUACAAAGUGUGCCCAAAAUCAUUGCUGAAAAAGGUACAAAACAGGUUGGGCAAAUAACUGCACAAGAGCGUGGGACUCUUGUGACUGUGUGUUGUUGUGUCAAUGCUGUCGGGCAGGCACUCCCUCCAGCAAUGAUAUUUCCAAGAGUGAACUAUAAAGAAUAUAUGGUGGAGGGGGCGCCAGCAUCUACACUUGGAUUAGCAACUCCAACCAGAUGGAUGAACUCUAAACUGUUUCCCCAGGUUUUGCGUCAUUCCAUCAAACAUAUGGGAUGCUCUAAGGAAAAACCUGCACUUCUCCUUGUGGAUAACCAUGACAGCCAUUGCUCUUUGGAGGUAGUGGAUCUAGCACGUGAAAAUUGCCUAACUAUUGUCACCUUUCCACCCCACUGUUCACACAAGCUUCAACCGCUAGAUAUUUCAGUUUAUGGUCCUCUAAAGAAAUAUUACAGUGCAGCUGCAAACGAGUGGAACCUGAGUCACCCUGGUCGUCGAAUUACCAUAUACGACUUGCCAAUGCCAGCUUGUUUUGCCAGGUCCUUCUACAAGGCAUUCACAUACGACAAUAUUGUGGAAGGAUUCAAAUGA